AUGAAGGUCUUGAUGCUCUCAUUCGGGCUUUUUGCCUGGCUGGUAUCCGUAGUCUCGGCGACUGCCUUGACAUACAAGCUUGGUGCCAACGAGAAAGCUUGCUUCUAUGCCCAAGCCCACAAGGAGAACACCAAGAUCGCAUUCUACUUCGCUGUCCAAUCAGGAGGAUCGUUCGAUCUCGACUACGACGUUGUCGGCCCCGAUGAGAAGGUCAUUCUAGACGGCGAGAAGGAGCGUCAGGGCGAUUUUGUAUUCACGGCUCAAAAGACGGGCGAAUACAAAUUCUGCUUCAACAAUGAGAUGAGCACGUACUCAGACAAGGUUGUUGACUUCGAGAUUGCCGUCGAGGACGAGGUUCGAGCCCAACUACCGGCCAAGCAGGGCUCGUCUCCGGAACAGACCUCGGCCCUCGAAGAGUCUAUCUACAAGAUAUCUGGCCAACUUUCUACCAUGACGCGAAACCAGAAGUACUUCCGCACGAGAGAAAAUCGCAACUUCAGCACCGUCCGAAGCACCGAGGGCAGAAUCGUUAACUUCAGUUUGAUUCAGUGUGCUAUGGUGAUCUGCAUGGGCGGUUUGCAAGUCUUCGUUGUCAGGUUCUUCUUCCAGGGUGCGAGAAAGGGCUACGUAUGA